CUUCCUUCCCCAUCUGUCACGUGGGUCUUGGCUCCUGUCCCCUGGAGUCUUUGGUCACACAGCCUGUCCUGUCCGCCCUUUGAGGAGCCAGAAGCAGAGAGCCAGCAUGGGCUGGGGGCCCAGCACGCUGAGAGCUCUCCUCCUUCUCCUGGGUUUCAAAUUGCGGCUAGAAGAAUGAGACCAACCCACACCCUGCAGCAUGCUCUAUCACCAUCAUUCGUUCAUUCAUCAAACAUCCAUUAAUUCCUCCUGUGUGCCAGAUGCUGUAUCAAGUGCUGGGGGUAGAACCCUCCACAGGGCACUGUACAGCCCAGAAGGGAGACCAGCCAGAAGAUUCAUUCAGUGGGUUACUGGCUGAGAAGCUGGGAGAACAGUGCCUGGUACAUAGCAGCGCUAUGUACUGUUCUUAAAUAAAUUGUAUGGUCGGUCACAAUGGAUGUUGGUGGAGCUCAAGUGUUGGCAACGGGCAAGUCUGCUGGGGAGGAAACUGAUAUCAAAUACGCCCUCAUCGGGACUGCUCUGGGCUUCAUCAUAUCAGCUGGCUUUCUGGCCCUGAAAAUCUGCAUGAUCAGGAAACACUUGUUUGAUAAUGAUUCCUCGGACCUGAGAAGCAUGAACGCGGGCUCCAGUGAGACCAUGGCGCAAAAGAAGAGAGCCCCAAGGUUAAACCUCAGUCUCUCUGAAAGCUCUACUGCCAUUAAGCUUUGUAACCCUGACCUCGACCUGUGCCCUUGGUCCUCCACACAUGGGAAAUGCACAAGUGAUUGAGCUCUGAGCAAACAGCCUCUUCAGAAGGGGUUCAGCACUCUGGACUCUUGCCUACAGUUGCAGUCUUAGAGACAGCUUGAAUUUGAGCACCAAGGCUGGUGAUGGACCUUCACAAAGAACUCAAAAUCCAGAGCAAAUAAUAGAGCAUAUAGAUGCUGCAAUACCUCUAUGCUAAAGGAAAAUGUUGCUUCUCUUCUACAAGAAGCUGAUUGCAUAGAUAGAUGUAAGAGCAAUCUUUCCAGCAGUAAGAAAGAAUUGAAGCCAGCAAAUCUUCACUGCCUAUCCUGUUCCCCAUGUUGGAGCUGGUCAUGCUUCGUGAUAUCUUUGUGUCCAUGUCAGUGGAACCUACCUGCAGCAAAUGGCUCAUGGAAUGAGAACCAAACUCAAGACACAACUUCUUUAGCACCACCGUCUUACCAAGAGAUGAGUCACAUUUUCUAGGACUGUUAGCCUCACCUUCUUAGCUGCCAGAAGAAUUCCUCUGUCAACAUUCAAGGGCCCUGAAACAUGGAAACCAAGGGGCAGUCUCCAUUCCCAUAAAUGAAAGACAGACCUUCCAAAGGAAGAAAUGGCAGGCUGAACUGGAGUGGGAGUAAAGGGUCUGAUGGCCAUGGAAUGGGCCUGCAGCUCUGCAGCCCUUCAAAUGGUGGAGUCAACCAAGGAUUAAAUGAGAAAACAGCUGUAGUACCUUGCAGAGAGCUAUACCAAUGCAAGUGAUUAUUGCUCUGCUUAUGGAAUUAUGUUGUGGUGAUGAUUCCAAUGCCCAUUUCUUAUCAUGGAGGACAUAACUGGCAGAGGCUUAAGAAACCUACAUCUUUGAUUAUUGCCAUAAACCUAAGUCUCUGUGGUACAGGCAGCAUUCAUAUUUCUCUCCCCUCUAAUAGUAACCCUGUAUUUCUGAGCUGUGUAAAGGAAUGCUCUUUGCCCUUUCAUUCAACAGAAAUACAGGUGUCUGUAUGGACUGGCUCUUCUUAGAUUGGGUUACUCUCCUUGUGUGUGAUGAAAGAUGAGCUAUAUUUCAAAACAAAGCACUGUGUUAUAAUAAUUUGCCUGGAUUCCCAGGGCAUCUUUUAUCUGAGUUGAUAACAAUGUAGUUCAUUAGCAGCCUUUGUUAACUGAUAACCUAAAGCAGUAAUGCAAUAUUCAUAAGCAAUUUUCCGUGUGUAAGAUAGAAUAAACCAUCUUGUGAGGUAUCUGGUAA